CGAGGACUUGGAGCUUGGCAGCUCAAAAAUCGAUUCGUGAACGUGCACAAAUUGUCUCCUAGCUGGCAUUGAUCAUGCGCUCAAGUGCUGUCGUCGUUUGGCUUGCGUGCCGCGCGGCUGUGGCACUGGGCCUUGUGCAGCCAGUGACACGCCAGCCUGCAACAAUCGUUGCAAGUCGUAGAGCUGGAAUUACUCUCGCGCAACGACAAUGCAGUAGCGAUGGAACAUCUCUCUCGCAAAGGCAUCGCCUAGACUGCAGGAGAAGCCUGCUGGGCGCAACCGCGGCCGCGGCCGUCGUGGCGCUGCUCCCUUUGCGAGCGUUCGCUGCGGAGGGAUCGUGCCGGACGAAGCCGGGCGCGCUCUACGCGGAGCGCACCUGCGAGCGGUAUGGGAUUCAAAAAGACGGCCGCCUCGCGGGCUGCCUGCCGUCCGAGAACUGCGUGAGCUCGUCGGCCAUAAAGUCGCCGGCGCAGUUCGACGCGCCGUGGCUCUUCUCGCCCGCGACGCGCGACGCCGACAGGGCCUUCGAGGAAUUGGUCAAGGCGGCGCAGGCGUCGCCCGAUUUAAAAAUAGCCGAGACUGACCCGGCGCGGCGAUACCUGCGGGCUACCGCGCCGUCGCAGAUCAGCAACUACAAGGCCACCGAUGUGGAUGAUGUGGAGGUGUUGAUUUCCGCAGAAAAGGGCCUGGUCUUCCACCGGAGCGCGUCGCGGGAGUCGGUCUUCUUCUUCCCUCCCCAGAACAUCUACUCGGUGCCGCUCGGCGACAACGGCUCGAACCGCGGCCGCCUCGAGGCGCUGCGCAAGGCGCUGGGCUGGGAGUCGACGAACCCGCGGCCCGAAGACGAGGCCGACCUGCCUAGUUCCUACCAGGCGCUUAAAUUUGGGAUGUAG